AUGUCCUCGAAAACCCAGCGUUUUGAUACGCUACCAGAGGACACUGUUAAGUCUAGUGAAUUAAAGAUAAACAUCGCUGGCUUCCACGUUUAUCUUUAUGGUAUUGAUGAGCUAUCCCCGCAGCAGGCGGAGAACACGGUGGUUUUAUUCCAUGUCCAUGGCCGCACAAGAACCUACAAAAAUGCCGAGCUUUUCGCACACCAGUUCCUUCACCAACUGCGGCAGCAUGGAGAAUCGAAGAAAGGUUUCGUCGUAGCGACCUUUGAUAAUCGCAAUCACGGCGAAAGAGCGAUUGAUACAAAAUCAAUACAUGAUAUGCUAGCCAUGAUAGAUGGAAUUGCCCUCGACAUCCAAACAGUGAUGAGAUACCUCAAGAUUUAUGUCGAAGAUCGGUUCAACCCAACCGAAUUCGUCAUGUCAGGACACUCACUCGGAGGCCACACAGCAUGGAAUAUUCUUGCCGACGAACCGCGGAUUAAGGCUGCCAUUAUCUCUGUGGGAUCGCCGAAUAUGACUGACUUGCUGCUCGAACGGCUGGGCAAGCGAGACGGCCCUGAUCCGAUCCGAUGGCCCGAAUCGAUAGCUCAGAUGUAUAGAGAUCGGGAUCAGCGUGUUUCGAACAUUGAGAACAAGCAAAUCUUACUUCUGAAUGGUGCUCUAGAUACGCUUGUACCGAGCAAAUUCAGUGUGCCCUGGGUCGAAAAGUACGGCCCGAAGAACGAUGUAUCGUUGAUUGUGUUCGAGAAUACCGGUCAUUGGUUCUCGUUGGAGAUGAUGGAUAAGGUUGUUGAGUGGGUGCUUCAGAAAAAUGUUUAA